AUGGAAAACUCCAGCAGCAUGAAGGAAUUAAUCUUCCUGGGCCUCUCAGAGAACCAAGGGGAGCAGAAAAUGUAUUUUGUGGUGUUUCUGCUUUUCUACACGCUCACAGUGGCAGGAAAUCUCACAGUUCUCACUGUGACGAGCAGCUGGUGCCUGAACUCCCCCAUGUACUUCUUUCUCUGCCACCUUUCCUUUGCAGAUGUUUGUUACUCCUCUGUCACAGCUCUCCAAAUGAUUUCUGGCUUCCUGGUGGAAAAUAACACCAUCUCCUUUGCAGGUUGCAUAGGGCAGCUCUUUGGGCUUCAUUUUUUUGGCUGCAUAGAGGUUUUCAUCCUGACAGCCAUGGCCUACAACCACUGCAUGGCUGUCUGCUGGCCCCUGCACUCCCACCGCCUCUGUGGUGGCAUGGUAGUCUCCUGGGCAGGGGGCUUCCUGCAUUCCACCCUCCAGACCCUUCCCACCACCCUGCUCCCUUUCUGUGGCCUCAACAAAGUUGCCCACUACUUUUGUGAUGUCCUGCUCCCCCUGGCCCACGCCGACACGCGCACCAAGGGCCCGGUCACGGUGGCCAACAGCAGGGUCAUAUCCCUAAGCUGCUUCCUCAUCCUGGUCAUGUCCUACAUGGGCAUCCUGGCUUCCCUGAGGGGCACAGGGCUGGUGAGGUGGCACAAGGCCCUGUCCACGUGCAGGUCCCACAUCACUGUGGUGAUCCUGUGCCUUGGGCCCAGCAUGUUUGUUUACAUCCGCCCGUCCAGCGGCCUGAGGACAGGAGCAUGGCCACGUUCUAAAUGCUCAAUCACACCCAUGCUCAACCCACUCAUCUACACCCUCCAGGAUGGGGAGGUGAAGGGAGCCAUGAGGAAACUGUGCAGGAGGAAAGUGGGAAGUGGAAAUGGGAAGGGGUAG